AAUAGCUGACAAGGCUUCUCUGCUAGUGGAAGCGUCGCUAGUUACAGUCUGGAAGUGCAUCGGAGCAGUUACUCGACAAGUUCAACGGCAAUUGAUUUCAAUUGAAGUGACUUUGCAUUGCAAUUCUGUUUAAUUCAAAAAGGCCGAGCGCAGUGCGUAGUGAUUGCUGACUUGCUUUUGUAAAAUAAAAUGCCGGUUCAAAUUAAAAACGUGCUUGUGUGCGAUGCUGUUGAUAAUGCGUGCGUGAAGUUGCUCCAGGAUCAUGGAAUUAAUGUUGACUACAAAUUGAAACUAAGCAAAGAUCAACUAGUAAAAGAAGUUAAGGGCUAUGACGCACUCAUCGUACGGUCCGACACCAAAAUAACGGCUGAAAUACUGGAGGCUGGUGCUGGUCGACUGAAGGCCGUAGGCCGAGCAGGUGCAGGAGUCGAUAACAUUGACAUCGAAGCUGCCACUAGAAAUAAUGUUCUGGUUCUUAACACUCCCGGUGGAAACUCAAUCUCGGCGUGCGAGUUGACAUGCUUCCUGAUUGGAGCGUUGGCACGUCCAAUCUGCCCGGCGGCUGGUAGCAUGAAGGCGGGUCGUUGGGACCGUAAGCUCUACGCUGGCAGCGAACUUUAUGGUAAAACGUUGGCAAUCCUGGGCCUUGGACGCAUUGGACGUGAGGUCGGCAUAAGAAUGAAGGUAUUCGGAAUGCGUGUCAUUGGAUUUGAUCCGAUCACUACGGCGGAAGAAGCCAGGGCCGCCGGUAUCGAAAAGAUGGAGCUGGAGCAGAUUUGGCCACUAGCCGAUUACAUUACUGUACAUACUCCUCUGAUUCCAGCGACGAGAAAUCUUAUUUCAUCGAACACGUUAGCCAAAUGCCGCAGCGGUGUCCGGGUAGUGAAUGUGGCACGUGGCGGAAUUGUGGAUGAAGGCGCACUAUUCGAUGCACUGGAGAGCGGGCAAUGCGGUGGAGCGGCAAUUGACGUGUAUCCCGAAGAGCCACCGAAAUCAGACACCACUAAAAAGCUCAUCAAUCAUGCGAAGGUCGUCGCUACGCCACAUCUGGGCGCAAGUACGUCAGAGGCUCAGGUGCGUGUCGCAGUUGAGGUGGCAGAGCAGUUUAUCGCAUUGACGGGAACGUCGAAGCAGUACACGGAGUAUGCUGGUGUCGUCAACGGGGAAACUUUGAAGAAUGUGCUUUAAAUUGAAUCCAAACUGGUAAUUGGGUUAACUUUAACAGAAGCAACGAUCGAAUAAUCUAAUCUAUGAUCUACGUAAUCCACUUGGAAGCAAAUCAAUAAAAAUAUUAUGGUUAUUUUUAAAAGAUGAAUUACGCAAUUGAUAUUUUGAUAAUGACUGAAUCAUGGUGAAAUUAAUCAAAAUAAAAUUUAAAAUAGAGCUUA